AUGCCACUAGAGACAGCUUGUGUUGAGGAGACAGAGGCGGUGUGUGUGAAGAUGGAGCCCGGAAAGUUGCGUGUAAAGACCGAGCCCAGAGAGGUAUCUGUGCAGACAGAACCUGGUGAGGCGUGUGUGAAGAUAGAGCCCAGAGAGGUGCGUGUUAAGACAGAUACCAGAGAGGUGUGUGUUAAGACAGAUCCCGGAGAUGUCUGUGUUAAGACGGAUCUCAGAGAGGUGUGUGUUAAGACGGAUCCAGGAGAGGUGUGUGUUAAGACUGAGCCUGAAGAGGUGUGUGUUAAGACUGAGCCUGAAGAGGUGUGUGAUAAGACAGACCCAGGAGAGGUGUGUGUUAAGACGGAUCCAGGAGAGAUGUGUGUUAAGACGGAUCCAAGAGACGUGUGUGUUAAGACUGAGCCUGGAGAGGUGUGUGUGAAGGAGGAGCAGGAGUGCGAGGACACCGUGCUGCGCGGAGUGAGCGCGGCGGCCGCGCGGGCCGGACUGUACACCGACCAUGAGGUCAAGGACGAGCUCGUGCUGGGCCCCGAGGAGUGGCACCGCCCUAAAUUGCUUCAAGUGUGUUCGGACGGCAGCGCCAGGGGACAACUCGCGAUGGCUUGUUCCGUAGUACGGGAGCGCCUUCGCAGCGACGCGUCUGUUCACAGUGGAGACAAACCAUACAGCUGUGAGCACUGUGGGAGACAUUUCAAAAACAAGUGUAUUUUAAGAAAACACAUUCAACGCAUGCACUUGUCGACUGGGCCGAAGCAACAUGCUUGUGAAUUUUGUAGUUCUACAUUUCAAACUAAAUUCCUUGUAUUAGAGCACGUGAGAAUCGAACACGGUGUUACAAAUUUCAUGUGUGCUGAAUGUGAGUAUACAACGGUUUACAAGAGUAGUUUGCAAGUUCAUUUAAAAGCUCAUUCUGUAGACAACCUUCUUAAUUAUAAAAAAGGUCAGUUUAAAAGUGAUAUACACAAACACCAAGCGAUACUCACUGGUGAUCAGACACACCUAAGAAUACACAAUGAUAAGUCGACCUUACGAAGACAUGAAAGAAGACAUACUGGCGAGAAGCCAUAUGCAUGUAAUGACUGUGAUUAUAAAUGCCGCCGGCCAUCAACCUUACAAAGACACCUGAUGAUUCAUACUGGGGCCAAGCCAUUUAAGUGUAGCGAGUGUGACUACAGCUGCACUCGAAAAGCAUACUUCCUAACACAUCAGAGGAUACACACCGGAGAAAAGCCGUAUACAUGCAGUCAUUGCGACUACAAGUGCAGUCAAAUCUCAAGUUUACGAAAACACGAGAUAAAGCAUACUGGCGAGAAGCCUUUUAUGUGUAGUUACUGUGAUUACAAAUGCAGUCAGUCAUCAACCUUACAAAGACACCUGAUGAUUCAUACUAGGGCGAAGCCAUUUGAAUGUAGCAAGUGCGACUACAAGUGCAAUCGGAAAGCAGGCUUACGAGUUCAUCAAAGAAUACACACCGGAGAAAAGCCGUACACAUGUAGUAAUUGUGACUAUAAGUUCAAGAGUAUAUCAAAUUUACGACUACAUGAAAAGACACAUACUGGCGAGAAGCCUUUUCAGUGUAGCCAGUGUGAUUACAAAUUCAUUCAAAAAGCAAACUUACAAAGACACCUGAGGACACACACUGGAGAAAAGCCUUUCAAAUGCAGCCGUUGUGAUUACAGAGGUCGUGAUAAAUCAACCCUACGAAAACACCAGAAGACGCAUACAGGGACGAAGCCAUGUAAUGACUGUGAUUACAAAUGCCGCCGGCCUUCAUCAUUACAAAGACACCUUAUGAUACAUAUUGGAGCGAAGCCAUUUAAGUGUAGCGAGUGUGACUACAGCUGCAAACGAAAAGCAUACUUGCUAACACAUCAGAGGAUACACACCGGAGACAAGCCGUAUACAUGCAGUCAUUGCGACUACAAGUGCAGUCAAAGCUCAAGUUUACGAAAACACGAAAUAAAGCAUACUGGCGAGAAGCCAUUUAUGUGUAGCUACUGUGAUUAUAAAUGCAGUCAGCCAUCAACCCUACAAAGACACCUGAUGAUUCAUACUGGGUCCAAGCCAUUUGAAUGUAGCAAGUGCGACUACAAGUGCAAUCGGAAAGCAAGCUUACGAGUUCAUCAAAGAAUACACACCAGAGAGAAGCCGUACACAUGUAGUAAUUGUGACUACAAGUUCAAGAGUAUAUCCGGUUUACGACUACAUGAAAAGACACAUACUGGCGAGAAGCCUUUUCAGUGUAGCCAGUGUGAUUACAAAUUCAUUCAAAAAGCAAACUUACAAAGACACCUGAGGACACACACUGGAGAAAAGCCUUUCAAAUGUCGCCGUUGUGAUUACAGAGGUCAUGAUAAAUCAACCCUACGAAAACACCAGAAGACGCAUACAGGGACGAAGCCUAUAGACGUAGCAACUGCGAGUACUAGUGCAGCCUGCUGAGACCAGAUCUUAUAGGAAACGUUCGCUUCUUCUUCCUCGCGUUGUCCCGGCAUUUUGUCAUAGCUCAUGAGAGCCUGGGGUCCGCUUGACAACUAAUCCAAAGAAUUGGUAUAGGCACUAGUUUUUACGAAUGCGACUGCCAUCUGACCUUCCAACCCAGAGGGUAAACUAGGCCUUAUUGGGAUUAGUCCGGUUUCCUCACGAUGUUUUCCUUCACCGAAAUGCGACUGAUAAAUAUGAAAUUAUAUUUUUACAUA